AUGACAUCCCUCCCAGAACAUCAUCACUUGGGAGGUUCAUCAUCAUCAGGAGGAGGCAAUGGUGGAAUUACUCCAAGAAGAAAAGCAACAACUAAAUCUUCAUCCUCCUCAACAACAGAACUUCAAUUCGUCCUCGCCAAAUAUGGAUUAAAUUCACAUGGAGAUUUGCCAUCAAUCUCGCAAAGUGCUUCAUCUCCUUCCUCAUCCUCUUCACAGAAUCAGCAUUGUAUUGUGAAGAGUGGAUACCUGAUGAAACAGGGAAUGAAAUGGAAAUCCUGGAAGAAACGACUCUUCGUUCUAAUUGAUGACAUUUUAAUAUACAAGAAAGUUUCUUCGGAUUCAUCAUCAUCUUCAACAUCUGGUCUACCCGAACAAUCCAAAGUUAUUGGCGUGUUGCAAUUACAGAAUGGAAGUAUUGUUUUGGAUGAGAAGAAUAGGAGAAUGUUUCAUGUCAAGUGUGAAAAGUCAUAUAGCAAGGAUAAAGUGUUUAGCGAGAGAUCCUACACAUUCCAAUUGUGUUCCGAAGAUACAGAUGAUGAGAGAGAGGAUUGGGCACAAAAAUUGAAACGUGCUGCCACUCAACACGUUCGUUCGAGAAUGAGGACACGAACCAGAGCAGGUGGUCAAAAUCCCAUGACAAGUUCUUCACCAUUUGGACCUACACAACAACAACAGGAAAUGAAAUCAUCUACUGCAGUGAAGAAGAGUGUUGCUGUUGUUGUGACAAAUGCAACAUCCAAUGUUGGUAUUGAAGUUGUAAAAUCACUUCUAUUGAGAAAGAUUCGUGUCAUUGCUAUUUAUUAUCCUUCCAGAACAUUAAAAACUCAACAACAAAACAAUUCAUCAUCAUCAAGAAAGAAUUCAGCCAUUCACAAUGGAAAUUUAAAGGAAAAUUUAUUGAAAAGUUAUGGAGCUCAAGUCAUUUGUUUGGAGGGAGGAUUUCGUAAUUUUGAAACCAUUUCAUUGGUGGAACAAAUCACUACACGUCAAUAUCACAUUGCAGCCAUUGUUCACGUGCCAAUGGAUGGCGAACGUAUCCUAGAAGAUAUGAAUCAAGCCAUUAAUUUCUCACUCCAAUUGAGUAUUGAUUCAUUCAUUUUGUGUUCAAAAUAUUUUCCAGUGGUGAGUGGUGGACUCGAUGAACAGGAUGUCAUUCUUCCACAAAUGUUUGAUGAUCAUUUGCAAUGUGAACAAACUGUUAAAUCAUAUUUCGGAAAUUCAUGUACGAUAUUCAGAUAUAAUGGAACUAUGCAAGAUUUUCUUUUGUUCUAUGAUGAAAAAACAAGAACAUUCUAUUUCCCAUUUGGAGAUUUGAAGGAAAAAGAGGAUACUAUCAAGAAGAGAGUUUCAUGGGUCGAUGCUCGUGAUGUUGGUCUUGCCAUUUGUACCACCGUUAUGAACAUUCUCUUCCAAGUCAAUUCUAAUAUUCAAAAACAAGACAAAUCCAAAAAUUCCAAUGAUAGAAAGAUGCACACCUAUGUCAUGUCAGGUCCCGAAUCCUUAACCAUUUUAGAUGUCAUUAAAAAGUUCUCUAAAAAGACCAACGUUCCAGUGGAGUACAAGGUAGUUGAUCGAGAUGUUUCCAUGAAUAGAUUAAUGAACUUGAAGGGAUUAGGAAAGUGGGAAUGUGAUGCCUUACACAGUGUCUACUCGACAAUUUAUGAUGAAGGUUUAGCAGCCACUGUCUUUUCAGAUUUACUUGAACUGAAAGGUUCUGCAGCCACUAUUUUUGACAACUUUAUCGAGAGAGAAUUGGAAACAUUCCAAGAUCACAAUCCAUGCAUUUGUAUGAUUGGUUCUAUUCACUUUAUCCAAUCGAAACUCUUACAUGCCCUCCAUGAUAUGAAUUUCAUUUCAAAGAAUAUCAUCUUUUCAAAGAAGGAAAUUCCAGACUAUCCAUUCAAAACGGCUCAAUAUAUCAUAUUUGACUAUGAGAAGGAAAAGAAAACAGUUGAGGUCAAUUUGAGAUCUCAAAUUUCAGAAGAUCAGAGAAGACGUAGAACAGAAGACAUUCUUGCCAAUUCCAGCAUGAUUAAUGUUCCUUUCAGAGCUUCUCGUUCUGGAUCUGUGAUGGAUCUGGAGGGAGAGGACUAUGUAGAGAGUAAAACCAAACACAUCCUGAAUGAGAAAUUCGUCGAAUAUGCCAGUGAUGCAGUCAUGCAAAGUGAGAAAUUAAUCUUCUUUAUCAAGGCCAAAUAUCUGCUUAAUAAGUGGUUUGAUUUGGAUGCUUUUAAGAAGAUUAUGGACAAUGCAGCCAGAUCUACCAAACUGAAACACAUCUUUUUGUUGUACGAUUCUGCAACGAAGAGAAUAUGUCAGGAUUUCCUCACCCAAGUUUCCAUUUAUUUAUCGAGAAAGUGCCCUGUAGCUUAUACAUUUAUAGAAUUUGGUUGGUUGUAUCAAACUCUAGCAACCUUGUCUGGCUCUGAACUUCAAACCUAUUCCUCAAUGUCCCUUCCAACCUCUUCUACCAUAGACACUCUGAAUGAAAGAUUGGAAUGGUGUGAUGGAGAUGAUGUCAUUGAUUUUAUUCUUCACCUGAUGAAAACAAUCAAGGUUGACUCGGAACAAAUGAUCAAGAACUUUGUAGCUCAUGGUACAAAAGCUAGUUUCCGUGAAAUUUCUCGAAUCUUGUCUGAAGUUCUGAAGAAACCUGUUUCCUGUGCUGCCAUCGAUAUCAAUAAGGCAUUCCCAUGUCUGUGCACUGAUCACAAGGAAAUUUUCGAGCAUAGAGCUAUCAAGAAGGAGAUGGUCUAUUAUUUAACAUUUGCAAAGGACAGCGAUGCCAUCGACUAUUCAUCUGAUAUUUUGGAAUUUGAAUCAGUGAUGGGUAAAAAAUUGAAAACUUUGAAAGAAUUUGUGGAAAGUUCUUUGAUCAAGUUUUCUGAUAUUAUCGAGUUGCAAGGUUCUGAAUCUGAUUUUUAUUCAGAUAUUGCCAAAUGUCAAAGUGUUGAUGAACAGGAACAAAUUAUUUUCAGACACUUGUUCAGCAAAUGUCAGAAUCCUGGCAGUCUCUUUAAUAGAGUUCUUACACAACAGUCAGACAUGUUCUUACAAGCUUAUUCUUUGGAAUAUUUUGACAAGUUAACAUCUGAGGAGAAGAUUGUGGCUACUUCAAGAGCCAAAUCACUGAUUGCAACAUUCUUUGAUGAAAUGUACAAAGUCAUGUCAAGACAAGUUCAAAAGAUUAUUAUCACACCUGCUGUGAAUUAUAACGUUAAUUUGAAGGUGGUUCCGAACGAGAUGGAGCCACUCUUUGCUCAAUGUGUAGACUAUGUCUUUUUCGAUAAGAUUUUCCCAAUCGUUUUUGAAUUGUACAGGAGAGAGCUAGCAGAGAAAUCAUCAUUCGUCAAUCAAAAGUAUGCGGAAUUGAAGGAUUGUACACCAAGACACUUGGAAAUUGCAGAUGAAUAUUGUUUGGAAGGAAAUGGCAAGACAGCUGAUGAAAAUUACGCCCUUGCCAUUCAGACUCUUUCUCAAAUUUCAACUAGCAAUAGUUUAAUUGAUGGUAAAAUGAAAAUUUUGAUGAAUACCUCAAAGGCCAUUGUGGAUUGUGUGAAAAAUUACUAUGGAAAACCAAAGGAAGUUUCUGCUGAUGCAUUGAUGCCAAUUUUCAUCUUUGUCAUGAUCAAGGCAGCCAUUCCAGAUUUGUAUUGUCAUUUGAAGAUUUUAGAAGAUUUCGUUCACGAAUCUCUCAUGAUGGGACCUAUGGGUUAUUCUCUGGUCACUCUUCAAAUUGCUGUCGAUUAUAUGCAAACAUUGAAUUGGGAACAAUUAGAUCAAAUGUUCAAGGUGCAAUUGGAGUUGAAGAAACAACAAGAAGAAUUCAGAAAGAGACGUGAUUCUGAAAUUCAAUUCAGAAAGACAAGAGGAUUGAGUGUCAUGCUCAACAAACCACUAGAUUCAGUUGUCGAGGGAGUUGAAACUCAGUACAUUGAAGAAGUUGAACAAGAUGAGGGAGCAAACAUGUUUGAAGGGAAAUCGGCUCACUAUCGUUCCAUGUCUGUUUUCAAUUCAACCAGAGUUGAGGCCAUUCCAAUUGAGGAAGAUGAUGAAGAUGCUGCCAGUACCUCAUCAGGAAGUCCACCACAAACAGCCAUCGAUCUACCAGUUGUUACUUCACCAGUUGACACGUCAGACAAUUCACUUUCAGCUUCCACUAGCAUUCCACAAACACCUGACAAAUUAUUUGAAGAUGAUGUAUUUGCUGUUGUUGAACAAUCACCAUCAACAACAUCAGUCCUCUCUGAAACUCACUCCAACAUUCUCUCACUUUCUACUCUAUCUGCUCAACAAGCAGUAGAAUUGACUGUUCUGUUAUUGGAAAAGAUUGUGGAAAUUUAUAGAGCCUCUGAUUGGAUUACACAAACAACUGGAGAUGGUCAAGAACGAAUGGGAUGGGGAAAACAAUUGAAACUCGGAAAGGAAUUUAUUAUUUUAGCAGAUCAAGAGGAAAAACUUGAACAAUUUACCCAAUUGACCUACAAGUUGGAAUCUAUUGAUUUAGAUCAUUUGAAAACCAAAAAACACUUGAUUACCGUCUUUUUAAUCAACUUGUACCACGUCAUGUUGUUGCAUGGUUUUAUUCGUGGAGGAUUCUAUCCAAUGCUCAACACUUCAAGUCGUAGAAGAUUUAUGAAGGAACCAAUUUAUUGUGUUGGAAAUAUUCCACUCUCUUUGGAUGAUAUUCAAUGUCUAUUGACAAGUUCAAGAAACAUUUCCAAUACAGAGAAACACAAACUACUUUUGGAUGUCUAUCAAAAGGAUCCAUUGAAUUGUUUGGCUAUCAGUAAUUGCUCAUUCUCCUCACCACCUAUUCGAAUUUAUUAUCCCAAUAAUGCAGAGCUUGUUAAAACUCAAUUGAGGCAACAAGCAACUGGCGUUCUCCUUCAUGAUUCAAAUUUCAAUCCACAAACUAAGGUUCUUGUUUUGCCUUCAAUAUUCGCAACUCAUUUAGGAUUAUUUGGAGAUAAUAAGGAAACUGUUAUGAAUUGGGUGAUUAACUUGCUGCCAAGGGAUGCAGAAAUUAGAAAAGAUUUAUCACUCACAAUGGCCUAUGCCAAUGUCCAUAUCAAGUUUAGUCCUGUGGAUUAUAGUUUCCAAUUCAAGAUUUUGGAAUAAAGUUUCUGAUAUUUCUG